AUGGCUAGAAAACCUAACAGCGCCACUCCCAACAAUGGCCAGGUUAAGCGGCCUGGUGCUCAAGCAACUUGUUUCAAACUUGGUCAGCAACACAUCAAGCACAUCAACUCGUACAUGCCACAGUUCAAACAGCAAGUUUACGCCCUUGAUCCCCAGUUGAAAGGCAAUUGUCAGGAACUUACCGACUGGAAGAAGGCAACGGCUAAGGAAAUUCUCGAACACGAAGUCUUUGCCGAUAUUCGAGGCCGCAUCCCCACGGAAUCAGCCGCACAGAGUGACCUGACCUCCCUCAUCACUGAUAGCUUGGAUGACUGUGACGAUGGUGGGGCCAAACCGAAGGCCGAAACCUACACUGCCUGGGUCCAGGCGAUCAUGCGACGCUUUACAAACUACUUCACUCAUCAUAUUGUCAACAAGGAAGGAAGGCAUUCCGGCAGCGGCAAUGGGGCAUCGCCAGAGGUGGAACAAAAACUGGACACAAUGAUUCAAAGUGCCACCGCCAUCUUCAUGGGCGAUUUCUCUCCACGUGAACUAUUUGCCGGAGAGAAUGAGGAUGCCAUCAAAUCAAAGAUGCAAGAGCUUUCGGUAGAGUUCCUGGCACUCAUGGGUGGUGGUCUGAGGAACAAAGCGGUGGCUGUCCUUUGGGCUAUGGCAGAUCAGGACCUUUGGAAAGCGAAGGCUAAGGAGCUUCUCGCUGAUGUCGACAUGAAUCGUGAACAUUUCCCUCUACUUAUGGCAAGGUUCCUCGAGACGCUCUGCUCUCGUGGCUGUGUUGGGACUGUCUAUACCAGUUUUUCCUACGCAGUCAGGAGCACCAACGAUGGGAUUAAGGCCCUCACAGUCUAUGCCGGUUUUGACAGCACCAAGAAAGCGCUUUUGGCGCUGAAGCCAAACAACCACGAGGCACAGGCUGAUGCACUCAAAGUCUGCCACUCCGUCUCAGUUGAUCGAACUCCUGACUGCAUAUCUCAAUGCCGUGUGGGCAUUUUAUGGUCUGCCGAGCUGGGUACGGUGCCACCCAUACCUUGGAAAAAGGUGGCAUUAAAACCUCAAGACUAUUAUGACACUACGAAGUACCCAUUCCCAGUGUCCCUCAAAGAUCCAAAGAGCUACGAGACCAUGCCUGGCAACGUCUACAUCCUCUUCGGUUUCCUCUCAGUACUCUCACCCCCAUUCAUGUUUCAAUUGCAUCAGGAACCAUCCAACAUCUCCGUGCAGACUCAGUCUUCCACCUUAUCUCCAACACCUCCCAAAGUCGCGCCCUCUACGUCAUCAGACCCACAAAUCCCACUUCAAGUCGCGAGUAGCCCUGAGACCAGCAUAACCCUUGGCAAACAUGCAGAAGCUAUGACUGCGACAGUCGGACCUGGAGAUCCUUUCCAUGCUAUCCAGAAUCUCAUUGCGGAGGUGCCUGAGGUGGGCAGUGCUGCCCUGACACCUGGGUUAUCAGUUGCACCUCAAGCUACUCUACCAGCACCUUCGGUCGCUCCCAAGUCCAAGUGUCCAGGUCGGCCACCGAAAGACAAGAAAAAAAAGGAUCCCAGUGCUUCUGACAGUUUGAAGAGGGCGUUGGAUAGUGCUUGGCAUGAGACAGGUGGGCAAAAGAAGCGCAAGAAACACAUCGGCUGGGCCUACAUUGAUGAACAGGGCAAUGAGGUCGAUGAGGAGAUCGCUCUCGCUGCAUAG